AUGAAGUUCAUCAUCUCCUACAUCAUGCUCGCUCUCUGCUUCGGCCUCGGCCUCGCACAACAAGGCACCAUCCAAUGCCAGUGCAAAGCAACCCUCAGCACGUCUGUCAUCAGGACCGGCGGCCGCCAGCUCUGCAGCCAGCGCGGCGGCAUCCUCAGCGAGGACAACGAGCUCUGCACCAAGCUGCCGGCGAGGUUCACCGACGGGGACUGCCAGACUCUGGGAGACUCUUUCUUUGCUAGCUGCGGGUCUGCCCGUUCCGAGCUGAAGAGGGGAAUCUACAAGCGCGAGGUCGUGCCUCUCUCCUCGAGGCCGAUUGUGAGGAGACUGUCCAACUUCUAA